GUAACCACUGACGUGUCUUCAGAAGACCGGUAACUCACAGUAAGUUCACUUGAGCUAAUUAACAAGUGUCUUCGCUAUGUUUAAUCGUAAAAAAUAUCUGCUGGUUUUGGUAGUAACUAUCAUUGCUACCGUGGUACAAUCUAAAAUGGUUGCUGAUGCUCCGCCCGACCUUGUGAUGGAAAAAACAACCACUAAGGGUGUUGUCGGUUCUGUAUCCAGUUACCUGUGGCCGUUUACUUCCGUAGCCCUUCAAUUUAUCAACAGCAUAUUAAUUCAUACAAAAAAUAUGCAAUUGCCUUGUACUAUUUACGAUUUAUCAAAGCUGGAGUACUCUUGCACUCCUUACCAUGCUAAAGUUAUUGACGACAGUGGCGCUCCUAUGGAUCGUUAAUAAAUUAUUAACAAU